AUGGGAGAGAAUAAGGAAGUCUUCGACUCGGACUCUGAUGUCGACAACAAGCCGCCGUCUUUGGAAAAAAAUCAGGAUGAUGAUCAACACAUGGAUGGUUGGAGAGGAUGGCUAGUGGUAGCUGCUGCUUCGUGUUCUUUAUUCAUUUAUUUGGGAAUUAUUUACUCCUGGGGUGUACUGGCUUCCGAGCUGGUGAAAACGACUUCAUUUUCAUUAACGACGUUGACAUUCGUCGGGUCGUUAGCUACCUCGUUCAUGGUCUCACUGAGUAUCCUAGUUGGAAUGACUAUCCGGCGAUUCGGAUAUCAGAAGACAGCCUUUGUUGGUGCCAUUCUCAUGGGCCUGGGCGAGUUCUUGGCCAGUUGGGUGACAGGGCAUCUGGCUGGUCUGUUCAUCUGUCAUAGCGUGCUCUUUGGCGUGGGUGGAGGAUUAACUAUAAUGCCGUGUUCUACCGCUCCUCUACGAUGGUUCCGCAAGUAUCGGGGCCUUGCUACCGGUGUAGUCUUUGGAGGAGGCAGUCUUGGAGCUGCAGCUAUGAGCGUUGCCACAAACCUGCUUGUGGCGGAGCUGGGUGUGCAAUGGACUCUUCGAAUCUUUGGUCUGCUCGCAUGGGCAGUCUGCGUGCCAGCGGCGUGCAUGAUUCGGCAGCCUCAGAGCUCGGCUGCGGCUGUGCCACAAUUACAAUGGUACCGCUUCAGAGAGAGGGCAUUCAUCCUCCUCUUCAUCGGCAGUGGACUCGGUUGCUUCCCACUAUUCAUUCCCUCUUACUUUAUUCCGAUAUACGCGCGAGCUGUGGCAUCGCAACGUGUUGCCGUCAUCAUUCUGGCGAUGUGGAACGUUGCAUCGACCGUCGGACGUGUGCUCGCAGGCUUUCUGGCGGAUACGAUAUUGGGACCGUUGAAUAGUCUCAGUUUGUCCCUGCUCUUGGCAGGUGUGAGCGCGCUCGCUAUCUGGCCGUUUGCCAACUCCGUCGCUGUGUUGUCAGUGUUCAUCAUACUCAACGGCCUUGGAUGCGGUGCCUUUUUCAGCCUGAUCCCUGCUGCCGUUGGGUCGAUGUUCGGCACCAAAAAUACCAUGGGUGUCUUGCCAAUCCUGUGGGCUGGAUGGUUCUUUGGCUACUUCUUUGGCUCACCCAUAGCCGCUGGAAUCUAUUCCUUGUCCGACAAGGAUACCGGUACUGCUGCCUACCGCCCGGCCGCGUAUUACGCUGGCGGAAUGUCCAUCGUCGGUCUGCUGUUUGUGGUCGCAAUCCGUUGCCUGUAUUCCCGAAAGUUCUUCGCUCGAGUCUGA